UAAUAAUUAGAUAUAGGAAGAAUUUGCCACAGUGCUCCUACUUUCUCUCUCUACGCCCAAGCUUCAGUCUUCCGCUUACAGUACCGGAAACGAACCUACAGACAAUGCCGGAGCUACCGGAGGUGGAGGCGGCGAGAAGGGCCGUAGAAGAGCACUGCUUAGGCAAGAGGAUCAAGAAAGCUAUCAUAGCUAAUGACCCUAAAGUCAUCGACGGGGUCUCUUCCUCGGAUUUCGAGUCUUCUCUUGUGGGAAAAACCGUAAUUUCUGCUCUUCGCAAGGGCAAGAACCUCUGGCUCCAGCUUGAUUCCCCUCCCUUCCCUUCGUUCCAGUUCGGGAUGGCUGGUGCUAUAUAUAUCAAGGGAGUUGCUGUUACCAAAUAUAAGAGGUCUGCCAUAAAUGACUCUGAUGAGUGGCCAUCCAAAUAUUCAAAGCUAUUUAUUGAAUUAGAUGAUGGACUGGAGCUUUCUUUCACUGAUAAGAGGAGAUUUGCUAAAGUCCGCUUGCUCAAAGAUCCAGGUUCUGUGCCUCCAAUUUCUGAGCUCGGCCCUGAUGCACUAUUGGAGCCAAUGAAAUUUGAUGAAUUUUAUGAAUCCUUACACAAGAAAAAAAUGGGAAUAAAGGCUCUGUUACUUGAUCAGAGUUUUAUUUCUGGCAUUGGAAACUGGAUUGCAGAUGAAGUGCUAUACCAAGCCAGAAUUCAUCCACUGCAAACUGCUUGCAGCUUGUCUAAAGAAAGCUGUGUAACAUUACACAAGUGCAUCAAGGAGGUUAUUCAAUAUGCGGUUCAAGUUGAUGCUGAAUGCAGCCACUUUCCUCUUGAAUGGCUGUUUCAUUUUCGAUGGGGCAAAAAGCCUGGAACAGUUAAUGGGAAGAAGAUUGAUUUUAUCGCUGCUGGUGGUAGGACAACAGCUUAUGUACCAGAGUUGCAGAAGCUGAGUGGAGGGCAAGCUGUGAAAGCAGCAGGAGCACUGCAAAGAAAAACUCCAAAUGGAAAAAAAGGCGAGGAUGAUGACGAAGAUGAAGUGGAAGAUGAUGCCAAUGAAGCAGGAAGUGAGGAAGAGGAAGAGGAAGAGGAAGAGGAAGCAACUAGAAAGGCUAAAUCAAAGAGAGAAUUAAAGUCCAGAGUACAUGUCAAGAAGCCUCCAACUAAACAGAAGUCCAAGGCAAGUCAUGAAAAUGACAAUGCUGCUGCUGAUGAUAAUGGUGAUGAUGGAAAAGAUGGAAAGCAGAAACCACGCCGAGCAACCAGUGAUAAACAGGCUAAAGCAAAAAGGGAAUCCAACAAGAAGGCUACCAAUAACAGUAGAAAGCCAAAGAAGAAAGUGAAGUAAACUGCCGUGUCAAACGCAGCCCUCAUUUACGCAGAAAGGUGGUUGUGUCCAGACCUAUUCAAGUAUCGUUUAAUGGUAGUUAGUUACUUUGACCCAAUUUUGUUUUAAAACACUGCCCUUCUGUCCACAGCAACAUCUUCUGCAAAUGUUUAGUCUACUCAUGUGAUACUUGGAAGAAUAGUACUUUCCUGAAGGAUGUUUCAGCGAUAUAAAUUAGUAGUUCAAUCUAAAACAUCAUGCGAAAGCCGC